UAUAGAGAAGAGCCUAGAGGAAGAAGAGGGAGGAGAAAGUUGGAGUAUGAGCUACAGCGUUUGUGCCAGCCCCUCUGGGCCUUAUGAAAUGGAGCUGGGGGAAGAACCUAUGGUCUCUGGGCUCCAGGGCUCCAGAAAAAGUAAGAUCCAAGGAGACUCCUCUACAGCAAGCGAUAGCACUAUGAGUGAAAAUGAGGAGGAGAAACCUAAUCAGGAAGAUCUUGAGCAAGAUGCGUUAUUGCGACCAGCUGAUGCCCAGAGUCCUGGCUGGGGGAAAGCCAGGCCAGAAAGGCAGCAGAGGAAGAGAUGCACUAAAUCCACUCCUCAAGCAAGAGGGUCUAAGAAACUAAAAGUCACCCUUAAUCAACAGAAACUCCCCAGGGAAGAAAGUCCCUACAUAUGUACAGAAUGUGGGAAAAGCUUCAAGGGGAGCCCAACCUUCUUAAACCAUCUGAAAAUCCACACAGGAGAAAAGCCCUUUGAAUGUACCAAGUGUGGGAAAAGCUUCAGUAGGAAGGCAAACCUUGUGGUACAUGAGAGAAUCCAUACAGGAGAGAGACCCUAUAAAUGUAAAGAAUGUGAGAAAAGCUUUGGCCGGAGCUCAAAUCUAAUUGCACACCGUAAAACCCACAUGAAAAAGAAAUCGUAUGCUUGUGCUGCAUGUAGCAAAAGCUUCACUUGCAGCUCAACCCUUGUCCAGCAUCAGAAAAUCCACACAGAAGAGAAACCUUACAAAUGUACUGAAUGCAGGAAGAGCUUCCGUCUGAGCUCAAACUUCCUUAAACAUCAGAAAGUCCAUGUUAGAGAGACAUCCAGUGAAUGUGCAACAGUAUGUCAUGAGGAACAACAAAGUGGUGGUGUAGAGCAAGUAGCUAUGGACCAGUCAAGACUUAUACUUGAAGAAUUGAGGAGAAUGAGGGACAACAUGGAUAUGCUGCUUCUGAAUCAGCAAAGUCAGCUACAGGUCCUGCAAGAGAUUCAGAAACAGCUGAAUGUCCUCCUCCCAGGCAAUGAUCUCAUUAAUUCAAAUGUGUACAGCUUGGGACUUCUGUUGGGACAGCAGGCAGCUGCUAUGGCCUCUUUGCCUUUCCCCCUUCUUCUUAACCCCAGUAACCUUCUCCCAGAAAAUGCCCGGCCUUUUUCCUCUCGGAUUUCAUCUCAGUCAUCUACUUCUGAAAUUCUCGCUACCACACAACCUCCAAUGUCUCAGCUUCCUGCUGCUCCGACAACUGCCUGAUCCAUCCUCCUUACUGUAAACAUGGCAAACAAAAUGUUUAUAUGUGCACCUGUCAUUCUGAUUUACCCUGUCUGAGGCAAACAUGGCUUUUAUAUUGUAUAGUUACAGUUGAAAGACCUUUCAAGUACUAUAGCCCUGACCCUGCUCUUAAUCUCUGAGGCAUCCUUUACUGAGAUGCAGUCAGUGAACAUGGGGGAUCAAAUCAAUCACACAUUUGCUUACUGUAGUAGGUGGUGUUAAUACCAAGAAUGGAUUUGACCCAGGCAGCCUCUAUAACAAAAAUGUUAUUCAUGGAGAUGCAGCUAAAUAGAGCACCCUUAUCUGAGGUGUUCUUAGCUAAUGUGUCCCCAACUGUAUGAGGUGUAUUUAAAUGGCCCUUGUCUGAGAUGUCUUUAAAAUGCACCUUGUUGAUGCACUCUUAAUUUCAGCUUGCUACUCCUAAAGCAUCCUUGAUGCUUAUGCUCUUAAAUGAGGUGAAUUUAACUGAGGGUUCUUAAAUGUCUCUAAGCAAGGGGCUCAGAAUGGAGGUGUCCUUGACGCACUUAACUAAGGCUUCCUUAAUUUAGGUGGGUUUAAAUAAAGUGACCUGAACUGAUUACCACUUAACUAAGCAUCUCUACGGGCUGGCCUCUCUGAUAAAGCUAUAAAUUUUGGUGCUGUUUCUUACUCCCCAAGACUUCUCCAUGAGAAAAGGCUUAUAAACCUGCAUUAGUUUUAAUAUAGCGCUCUGGUUUGUGUUUUAAAAUGUUACCAUGGUUACAGUUAAUCUAUUCUUUAAAUAUCCCAUUUUCCUGUAUGGAAAAUAUGGUGCUUGUUAGUGUUUAAGUAGGUAUUUAAAUCUUUUUUGAUCUAGUUAAUUAGUGUCUAGAUGGUGGCAUUUAAUCACAGCCCCUGAGUUGGUCUCAAAAGGCAAAGAGGCACAGAUUUACAGGGAGAGCAGGCUCAGUCCCACCUUUAAGGCUAUUUUCCAGUGCCCUUCAAACUCAGCAAGAGUUGCCUCAGGCCCUAAGAGGGUACAGAACACAGUCUGGUCAUACCCCUCACCACCCUGUUGCAAAGGUUAGUACCAGCACUGACACUAGACUGAAGCAUUCCUGAGUAUAAGGAUUCCCUUUGUGUCAAACCCCCAUCUGAAUGGCUAUGGGGAUAAAGAAUCCCUUUACCCUUAUGGGCCUGUGAACAUGCCAAGUGUGAUCUAGCCCUUCAUCUUUAUUUUUUUUUUUAAUAUUUUUUUAAAGGUGUGUUUAAAAUGGCACUUCACCUAUCACUGUUUAUUUUAUAGGGCUAGAUUUGACUCCCUUACUCAUGUUGAGGAGCACCUUGCCCCAGCUGUGGUCGCACAGGUGCUACUCGGUGUGAGUAAUGGCAUCAGAAUCUUGUCCAUAGAUACCUACAAUUGUGCUUAGCAAUAUAAAUGUGUUAUCUUUGAAUUAUAAACACAAGUUGGUUGUGACUGCACAUUGAUUUAAGAGAAUCCACCCAAACCUAUUUCUUUAGAGUAAGUCCAUUCCUUACUGACCUCAGUUAAAUAAAUUUUAAGCCCAUUCUACAUAAGAGCGCAGAAAAUGGGUUUGCAUCCGCUUAACUAAACCUUGUGUGUAAACAAGGCCUUAGUAAAAGCUUAUGUCAAUGGAAUGUUGUCUAACAGUCCAUCUUUCAUGAGUUGAGCAUGUCCCAUUGUAAGUGUGUAAAGCUGAAUUUUAUGGCCCUAUACUGUGCCUCCAGUUGCUGUUUGCCUAGUGAUUGACACUUGUUUGUCUCUUGCUUUUAAAAGAAAAUUUGUCUUUUUUAAUAAUGGUUCUCACUUCAGUGUUUUUAAAUUUAUUCAAAAGUAGGGAAUUAAAAUGUUGCAUUAUCUUAAAGUAGAUAACUCUAAAUCUGUCUGUGCAGUGCUUUGUCUGUCUCUUUUGUGGACAACAAGGGAGAUAAAGUGUGCUUGUGAAUCAAUUGCUUUAUUGGGGUUUGAGUAUGCCACUUAAGGAUCAUGCUGCAUGAAAAGGAGAGUCUGUUUUCACUAGCAAGGGCCUCGUAUUUCAUGGCUGCUGAAUUCACUCCUUGUCCUCCUGUUGAGGCAGGGUUGGGCUCAAAUAUUUUUCCUUUCAUUUAUUAAAAAGAAAAUAUGGUUCUGAUGCUCCGUUCUAGCAGAGAGAUGGUUUAGAUGAGGGAAGCAGGGAGACAACGGAAGUUAUAUGAAGCCUCCUGCGCAAGGGUGUAUUCCCAGUGGCCAAAUGCACCAAUUUUUUGGCCCCUACCUACCAGCCAGGUAAAGAGGCUGUAUUGGAACUGAUGAUCAGGUCCUCUGCUUCUAGCCCUCAGAGUUGUAGAAAAAAGUAAAAUUGAGUGCAGACUGAUGUAGCAUUGCCUUCUCGAGUCUGCAGGCAGCUUGAAAUGAUAGCUCAGAGGUGGGGACUCUAUUUUUAUCCCUGCUUCUGAUUUUAGCAGGAAUACCCAGUUCCUGUGCUUAUCCUACAAUUCUGAACUAUCCCCUCCCUGCCCAUUGCCAAAAGUCCCAUAUUCAGUUGCCAAAAAGCUCCAGCUUCCCCCUGCUCCAACAGUUUACAUGAGUUAUGAAAACGCCACAGUGCAUCCAAAGCUGAAAGGGUAGGGACAAUCAAUUUUAUUUUAAAAAUGAAUGUACAGCACUGACUGAAUUCUGUACCUAUGUCAAUAAACACCAAAUUUUAUAAUUCCAAA